UCGACCGCCAGCUGAUUUCCCCGCCUCUCUCUCCUCCCAGCCCUCCCAAUUGCUGUCGAGCUUCUCGGCUACUUACGCUCCUCGCCUACCUUCAUCUCCUCCACACAUGCGAUGAUGCUGUCGCGGUCUACUUUCAGCAGAAAUGCGCCCCGUGCGCUCCAGAAGCAGUGCUCUGCUGCCGGCGCCAGUAGCCGUCGGGGCAUGGCCUCUGCUGCCACUCCCGGCCUUCAGUACGAUGUGACCGAGUCGGCUGGCGUCAAGCUCGCCCACAGAGAGGUUGCUGGCCCUACUGGCACUCUGGCGUUGGUUGCAAAGGCCGGUCCCCGUUACCAGCCCUUCCCUGGCUUCUCCGAUGCCCUCGAACAGUUCGCUUUCAAGUCCACGCUCAAACGGUCGGCACUGCGGAUCAAUCGGGAGGUCGAACUGCUGGGCGGUGAAGUUUCCUCCACACACUCGCGCGAGAACGUCGUUCUCAAGGCGAAGUUCCUUUCGAACGAUCUCCCCUACUUCACUGAACUGCUCGCCGAGGUUGCUUCUCAGACCAAGUUUGCCGCCCACGAGUUGAACGAGGUUAUCCUCAAGACUCUCAAGUACAAGCAGCAGGCCUUUGCUGCCAACCCUGAGGCUGUUGCUCUUGAUGCCGCCCAUGCCGUGGCCUUCCACCGUGGCCUGGGUGAGACCAUUACCCCUUCGACCACUGUUUCCUUCGAGAAGUACCUCUCUUCCGAGGCUCUGGCCGAGUACGCUCAGCAAGCCUUCGCCAAGUCCAACAUCGCCCUUGUCGGCAGCGGCCCCAAUUCCGCGGAAGUCUCCAAGUGGGUUGGUGACUUCUUCAAGGGGGUCUCCAGCACCGGUAGCUCCAUCAAGAACACCGCCUCCAAGUACUACGGCGGUGAGCAGCGCAUCUCCUCCAAGGCCGGCAACGCCGUUGUGAUUGCAUUCCCCGGCUCCGGUGCCUUCGGUACCCCUGCCUACAAGCCCGAGGCCUCCGUUCUGGCUGCUCUUCUCGGUGGAAAGUCCACUAUCAAGUGGACCCCCGGCUUCUCCCUCCUCGCCCAGGCCACCCAGGGCUUCUCCCAGGUCCGUGCCUCGACUCAAAACCUCGCCUACUCCGACGCUGGUCUGUUCACUAUUACUGUCUCUGGUAAGGCCGACCAGAUCUCUUCCGUCGGCAAGAACGCCGUCGACCUGCUCAAGAAGGUUGCCGCCGGUGAGGUUUCCGGUGAGGAGAUCAAGAAGGCCGCUGCCUUGGCCAAGUUCCGUGCUCUUGAGUCUGCCCAGAGCCUUGAGACUGGUCUCGAGGCUACCGGCUCUGCUCUUAUCAACGGCAGCAAGCCUUACCAGAUCGGUGAGGUUGCUCAGAGCAUCGAUGCCGUCACGGAGGCGCAAGUCAAGGAUGUUGCCAAGUCCUUCCUCUCCGGCAAGGCCUCCGUCGCCACUGUUGGAGACCUCUUCCAGCUUCCCUACAGCGAGGACCUUGGCCUGACCGUUUAAACAUGUAUACAAUACAUAUUAGACUGGCUUUGGAAAAAAACAGCGUCCUCCCAUCCACCGCCCCCCACCCCCAUCCCUUUUUAUGUGUCUAGAUCGACCCUCGCCGAUAUUCUCUUUUUGUGAUGUCGCUGUAGCUGUGUGUCUGUAAUACAAUUGUACCUUAACCCUAUAUCGUUCAACCCCCCUGCCGCUGUAGGCCUGCACUACUUACGUCGACCGAUGAUUGCAAAUGGAAUUGGAUGACGGGAAAUACACAGAGUUAUGUUUUAUGAGGUCCCGUUUUGCUGGGUAUUUCUAAGAUCGCAUCGGUCGUCGAUUGCCC